CUUAUAUAACCUUCCUACUGCGAUUAGCCAACUGUUACCAACGGAGUAACGACGUGUGAUGUCAAAUUUGACAACCGUGUCCGUCGACUGAUAUUGAGUUCUUUGAACGUCCAAUUUGAAUUCUUUUUUCUAUUCGUUUUUUCUAUCGUCAAGGAUAUAUAUUUACCCAUUUACAUUGUUAUCGCCAUUAUUGUCUUUUGCGUGUCAUCACAAUGAUGAUAUCAGUCAACAAUUCCGAAAUACUCUCGUAACGAUGCUCUGACGUAACCUCACCCACAACUGUCAUACUGGUGUAAAGAGAGUGGAAAAUUAACGAAAAAUUUAGUCGUCUCGCAAAUCGAGACGAUUAUUCGGGAAAACGUUUCUUCAUCGAUGUCUAAGUGCGUGCGCAAACGAAUGUCAAUUUAUUGCGGCUACAAAUGGCACUUCGAAAUAUGAACUCGGGCAACAUAUUUUAUAUGCCCUUGACGUCAUUCGCAGAGAUGUGGUAUCAGAUAUUUUUAUGGGCCCUAUUUUCUUCGAUAUUCGUACAUACAAUCGCUGGAGCAAUCUGUUUUGCUACCUUACGGCAACACAAAUACGGCAAAUUCUUUCCACUGCUUAUUAUAAUAAUGGGUGUGCUGUUGCCAUUGACAUCAGGAGUCGUCAGUUCAGCGGCAGUUGCUUUUGUAUAUAGAGCAUCAGGUUAUCAAAUGCCGCCUUUGUAUGCAUUAUUUUGGGGCAUUGGGCAGACUGUAGUAGCUGCGUGCGUUGGAUUUACACGAAUUUUAGCAACUUUGUAACCUAGGAACCUAGGAACUACAUUUGUGAUAUUUGUAUGUGUGUGUGUUUGUGUGUGUA